AUGUUGAUAACUAUUGAAACUCAACAUAUACCUACUGGUUGGCAAUCAUUCGUUGAUUUCUCCAAUUCAGGAGUUGAGUUCUCUCCUAAAGAUAUAAAUGCUAUAUUCUUACAGGAGAUGAAUGUUGAUUCUAUGUACACAUGUGCUAGAACGUGUCAUUCAAUAGCACUUUGUCGCACAUUUGAUUUUGACAUUGCAUCCAAUCGUUGCCGAAUUUUUCAAGGCGAUUCAGCGACUACCGGCUCAAUUAUUCCUUCACCUUCACUUCAUUCAAUUGUUGGAUCAAUUGCUCUUGAACCUGUACAAUUCACUAGUUACGGACAUCCUUGUUCACUUUGUCAAGAUAGUCGAUAUCUUCAAUGCAUUAAUUCAACAUGCCAAUGUCAGUCUAAUACAUAUUUUGAUGGAUCAAUUUGUCGAAGUCAAAAACUGUUGGGAGAUGUAUGUAUAAAUGAAACAGAUUGUCGCAUUGAUCGUAAUUACACUUGUUUACCACGUCUACAAUGCGGCCCAUUAUCGCUUCAGAACGGAACCACUGUUGGAGGUUACUCAGAUGGCACAGCCGGUUCAGAUAAUAAUGCUCUCUCUUACCCAGAUUCAUUAGCUGUGGGCAUGGAUAGUUCGAUUUACGUUGCUGAUCCUGGUAAUAACCGCGUAAUGCGACUGCGUGAAGGUUCUACAACGGGUACAAUAGUCGCAGGUUCAGAUUCUUGGGGUAAUGACGCUAACCAAUUAGAUUAUCCAAAUGGUCUGUAUGUCGAUGCAUUAGCAAAUAUAUACGUAGGUGAUAGCAAAAACUAUCGUGUAAUGUUUUGGAGAAAUGGAUCAUCUAGUGGUACUCAAGUGGCUGGAGCAGGUUAUUACGGAGAGACACUAAGUGAAAUAGCUGAAAUUCUUGGACUUACGGUUGAUUCUCAUGGAAAUAUUUAUGUAGCCGAAAAAUACACUCAUCGAGUGACAAAAUGGACUCCAGGUGCUACAAGCAGUCUACUUGUGGCAGGUGGAAAUGGUGAAGGCCCUAACAGCGAUCAACUCAGUUAUCCAGGUGGACUUUCUCUUGAUGAGCCACACUCGUAUCUUUAUAUUGCUGAUAGUGGCAAUAAUCGUAUUCAAAGAAUAGUAUUAGGUGGUUCAACAAAUGCUAUUACAGUAGCAGGCGGAAAUGGCGCCGGAUCAAACAAUAACCAGCUCAACAACCCAUCAGAUGUGCGUUUUUCAAAGAACAUCGAUGCCAUAUACAUAGCUGACCAAUAUAAUAAUCGAGUUACACGAUGGUAUAUUGGCGCAACAAGUGGCGUUACUUUCGCUGGUAUUGAUAGUUACUCAGGGACUUCACCAAUGCUGUUUAAUGGUCCAGCAGGUUUGGCAUUGAGUCUGAAUGAAAGUUUUCUCUAUGUUGCUGACAAUGGUAAUAGUCGGGUUCAGCGUUUCAUGAUCAUAUAG